AUGCAACGUAUUGGAAAAUUACUGUUCUUGCUUCUCGGUUUGAUUCAUCUAUCUAUCAGCCAGAAUUUCUCCUGUAGUCUUCCCACUCCUGUCACCGGCGCACCUUCUCUACCCAACGUCACCAACCAGUUCACCACAUAUGUAGAAGCCAAUAUCGAGAACAAAGGCUACACGGUUAACGCCGUGGAGUAUUACGACGAGCCAAACAAUCGAGGAAGGCUUGACUUUUCAGGAGACAACCACGGCGAGUCGUCACUCAUCUACACGUAUAGUGAUCAACAAUGGUUCCACAUCAACUCUUCGCAUUGUACCGCCCAUUCUCUGCAGCCGAACGACACGUUUCUUGCGUUUCCUAUCAAUUUGGGUAAUCAGGGAAAUGCUCACAUUCGAGGAAUAUCUGACGUUCUUUUCUUUGGCAAGAAAUAUAACGAGACCUAUGUCGGACAGGAAGAGGUGAGAGGGAUCAUGGCCGAUCACUGGAAAACAUGCGCUGAUACGAGGUUUGGAGGUAGUAUGAGCUUGGACUGGUACUUUGCAGUUGACGAGUGGACAAGUGAAGGGCAUGGAACUCCUCUCAGACUUGUGAUAGAAGGCACCGAUCCCAACAUGGGACGUAAUGAUGCGUCGGACGACACGAAUGGAUGGCAUUACUUCAAGCAUUCGUAUGAUUUUGUCUUCUUUGAAGCAACAAUUCCCCGCGGUAUGUUUUGCGACGGCAGCAAGAGUACCAAGAGCAUUCCAUUUAUUCCCGAAAAUUUUUCAGCCAGACUUCAAUUGGUCAAUGCCAUUAACAACACAAUUUACCAUCUAACUGAAGUUCAUAAUCGAAACACUCAAAAGUACGUAUUCCGUGCUCCUCAUCUGACUGUAGUCCAAGAUUUUCGUCUCGGCUUGGGAUUCUUUCUAAGCGGCACCAACUGCACGGCCAUGCCGCUCUCCGUUUCUCUUCUCUACCAGUUUUCUGGAGAACAGCUGAUAGCUCGACUGUCUUCAGACAAGAAGCAUUUGCAACUGAAAUCAGCCAAAUCAUUGUUUGGAAUAUCCGACAAUUCUAACACAUCAUACAUUGGUACGAGGACGGUCAACGAGAUUCCUUGCGAUGUAUUUUCUGAGGAAAGAAGAGAUUUUCCACACAAAGGGAAUAUUACAAUUAUUGAGUUGUCAUUUGCCAGAAAAUCUCUCAACUACUUGUCUCCGUUUGGAGACUCAGAACAGCAGGUUCCUAUUCGUUAUGAACAAUACAGCAAGAGUUUAGUGGGGAGAAUAGAUCAUCCCUCACACUACGACUUUCAUCAAAUUUUUAACGUUUAUGACUUUUCUGUUUCUACUGACAACGUGGAAGAAAUUGAGAUGGAGCAUUGCUAUACAUCCAGCAUAACAGUUUGGUUCCAGUUGGAUGGCAAGUUUGACAGUCUUCUCGAUACAAAUGGCAAUCACUUUGCAACAAGCAUUAUCGACUCUGUGGCUGAAGCAGCACAAAUUGACAUUUCAAGAAUAACAAGAGUCACACCAAUUAAACUUGGUGAUGGCUUUCUUAUUCAAGUGACUCUUCUCGGUUCAUUGCACAAUGAUACAUUGACAACCUAUGUCUCUACAGGAGUGUCUCUUGAAGAAGCCAUCAGCAAUCUGCAAGAUGUGAUUGAUGAGGGCAAACUAAAUAUUGUUAUCAAUCAGACACAAAUGCAGUAUCAAGCAGUGAGUGGAAGUCUAACUGCUACCAAUCCAGCAUACCCUUGCAUGUUAGGGAAUACUACUACUGUGUCUGUUCCUACUGUUCUUUCAACAACAGCCAGAAAAGUAUCGGUGUCUCCCACCUCACAUACCAUGGCUAGCUCUAAACCUCCUGAACAGCAGUGUCCCAAUAACUCAGAUUUGUCUCAGUGUCGUGAGGUGUUGGCUGCUUUGGGAUUGGCCAUGUUUAUUAUGGGGUUUGCUGCAGGUUGUAUAUUAUUUUGUUGUAUUAUUCACAGGAAACGAGGGUUUGAUGAUUACAACUAUGACAGACACGAUCCUAUUUGAAGGAAAGUACCUGUCAUCUAAACGCAUGUCUUUAUGGGAUUGUUGACAUUAUUUCAUGCAUGCCACUUAUAGCACUAUAUCAUUAUGUUUCAUGUGUCAUGUUCAUUACUGAGCUGUU